ACAGUUUUCCAAGAUUGGUAAGCAAGUGUGAAUUUAAAAAAAGUACUAUAAUGUCAGAAAAUGAAUGUAAAGAAACGAUGGAUGUUAUUGGGGAUGAAAAUAUGGAAACUGACAGUGAUAACGCUGAUGACGAAUCAAUUGAAAAUGAAUCGGAGAAUGGUGAAACGAAGAGUAAAGUUUACUUACCAGGCGAUCCCUUAAAAAAGAACGAAGAAUUGGUUGUAGACAAAUCUGCAUAUCGCAUGCUACAUCAAGCUCAAACUGGAGCACCAUGCCUCAGUUUCGAUGUCAUUCAAGAUAGUUAUGGUAACUCGAGGGAGACAUAUCCUUUGAGUAUGUACCUCCUGGCUGGAACUCAGGCAUCCAGUGCACUUGUUAAUAGUUUGUUAGUUAUGAAAAUGUCUAAUCUCAGUGGAAUCGAAGAUGAUUCGGAUGAUUCUGAUGAUGAUGAUUCUAGUAGUGAAGAAGAUGACAAACAUGUUCCGAUAAUGAAGGUAGUUUCAAUAAAACAUCAGGGCUGUGUUAAUCGAGUUAGGUGUAAAAAAGUUGGAAAUACAACCUUAGCUGCCAGCUGGAGUGAAUUGGGCCGCGUUAAUAUAUGGAAUUUGAAUGAACAGUUAAAGAGAUUGGACGAUGACGUUUUACCGGCUCCUAAUCGCAAGAAGGCUUCUAAAGUAGAUAGUGAAGCAAAACCUAUAUUUACAUUUAAGGGACAUCUUUCAGAAGGUUUUGCCGUAGAUUGGUGUGAUACCGAUGCAGGUAUUUUAGCGUCUGGAGAUUGUAAGGGUAAUAUUCACAUCUGGCGACCCAGUGAGAGUGCAGGUGUUCAAACAUGGCAUGUGGAUCAAAGGCCAUAUAAUGCUCACGCACCUCAUAGUGUCGAAGAUUUGCAAUGGUCACCUAAUGAAAAAUAUGUUCUUGCGUCUUGUUCGGUUGAUAAAAGCAUAAGAAUCUGGGACACGAGAGCGAGUCCUCAAUCGGCAUGUAUGCUGACAGCAUCGGAGGCUCACACGGCAGAUGUUAACGUUAUCUCCUGGAAUCCCAAGGAGACAAGAUUUCUAGUGUCUGGUGGUGACGAUGGUGCAGUCCGCAUCUGGGAUUUACGACAAUUUGGUACAACUGGUGCAGGACCUGUGGCAACAUUCAAGCAGCAUACUGCGCCUGUUACUACUGUAGAAUGGCAUCCAAAUGAAGCAACAGUAUUUGCUUCUGGUGGAGCCGAUGAUCAAAUUGCCCAGUGGGAUUUAUCCGUCGAGGCUGAUCAAACAGAAAACUCCGAAGAUGAAGAAUUGGCAAAAUUGCCACCUCAACUCUUGUUCAUUCAUCAAGGUCAGACAGAUGUGAAAGAAUUACAUUGGCAUCCACAGUGUCCUGGUACAUUAAUUUCAACAGCACAUAGUGGAUUUAACAUAUUUCGUACGAUUAGUGUGUAAAACUUAAGAGAAUGGAAACAAUAAAUUGUCAAAAAUAUGAUAAUAUACUGUUUCACUCUCUGAUGGCAAA